UGCCCGCGACGCUGGUGGCGUAAGUGAGGUCCGCGGCGACGCUGCGAGCCGGGCGAGCCGGGCGCCCGCGCGGCGGGGACGGCCCGCGCCCAACAUGCGGAGGCCAGCAGUGUGGGAGCGGUGGCUCGAGCGGGCGCCGGAGCCGGAACGAGAGCGGGGCCCGUAGCGGGGGACCGCGUCGCGUUGCCGAGGGAGUCCGGGCCACCCAGCUCGGCCGGUCGGCCACUGGGCCACGGCCACGGCGGAGGCCGAGAGCUGGGAGCCACAGGAUUUGAGGUGGCGGGACCUGUCAGCAGAAUGUGUCCUCCCCCUGCGUGCAACUUUGAGGCCACCGAGAUGAGUUCCACGGCCUGGCCCUUGCGAGUACCCACAUCUCAUUAGCCAGGAGUCCGCCAGGUGCCAUGGUGUGCUAGCCCCAAAGAGCCGCCCGUGACCUCAGGUCUCCAUAGACCCGGGAUUUGUACAGCAGCAGAGUCACCGUGGAGAGGCCAGGGUACCACAAACUUAUGGAUUUUGACAAGAAAGGAGGGAAAGGGGAGUCAGAGGAGGGCCGGAGAAUGUCCAAGUCCGGUGGCCGGACCAGCCACAGCGUCCGGAACACGGGGACCAGUUCGGGGGUCCUGAUGGUGGGCCCCAACUUCCGGGUCGGGAAGAAGAUAGGCUGUGGCAACUUCGGGGAGCUCCGGCUAGGAAAGAAUCUCUAUACAAAUGAAUACGUAGCUAUCAAAUUGGAGCCCAUCAAGUCGCGGGCACCGCAGCUGCACCUGGAAUACCGCUUCUACAAGCAGCUCAGCUCCACAGAGGGUGUCCCUCAGGUCUACUACUUUGGCCCGUGCGGGAAGUACAACGCCAUGGUGCUGGAGCUGCUCGGGCCCAGCCUGGAGGACCUAUUCGAUCUGUGUGACCGCACAUUCACGCUCAAGACUGUGCUCAUGAUCGCCAUCCAGCUGAUCACGCGCAUGGAGUAUGUGCACACCAAGAGCCUCAUCUACCGCGACGUGAAGCCCGAGAACUUUCUGGUGGGGCGGCCGGGCAGCAAGCGGCAGCAUGCCAUCCACAUCAUCGACUUUGGCCUGGCCAAGGAGUACAUCGACCCCGAGACCAAGAAGCACAUCCCCUACCGCGAGCACAAAAGCCUGACGGGCACAGCACGCUACAUGAGCAUCAAUACACACCUGGGCAAGGAGCAGAGCCGCCGUGACGAUCUGGAGGCGCUAGGCCACAUGUUCAUGUACUUUCUGCGUGGCAGUCUGCCUUGGCAGGGGCUCAAGGCGGACACGCUCAAGGAGCGCUACCAGAAGAUCGGGGACACCAAGCGGGCCACGCCCAUUGAGGUGCUCUGCGAGAGCCACCCAGAGGAGAUGGCCACAUACCUGCGUUACGUGCGGCGCCUGGACUUCUUCGAGAAGCCUGACUACGACUACCUGCGCAAGCUCUUCACAGACCUCUUCGACCGCAGCGGCUUUGUGUUUGACUACGAGUACGACUGGGCGGGGAAGCCCCUGCCUACGCCCAUUGGCACAGUUCACACCGACCUGCCUGGGCAAACUCAGCCUAGGGAGAAAGCCCAGCUAUACAGCAAAAACCAGGCACUGAAUUCCACCAAUGGGGAGCUGAAUGCUGACGAUCCCACUGCCGGUCACUCCAAUGCCCCCAUCACAGCGCCUGCAGAGGUAGAGGUGGCGGAUGACACCAAGUGCUGCUGUUUCUUCAAGAGGAGAAAGAGGAAAUCACUGCAGAGGCACAAGUGACCCUGGCGGUGGUUCCCCACACCCUCGCUGCAGCUCCUGGAGGAGCUCGUCUGGAUGGCCCACAGCCAAGACACAGACUGUGGCCCGGAGCUGCUCACCCCACGUGGGUUAUUUCCUUCACAUAAGACUUUGGCCGAAAUUUCUA